AUGGAUCUGUCAGAGCUUGGCGAGGCCGCAGCCUUCCUCAGAAGAAGUGAAGCUGAGCUGCUUCUGCUCCAGGCCACCGCCUUCGAUGGAAAGAAGAAAUGCUGGAUUCGUGAUGUGAAGAAUGCUUAUGUUGAGGCCGAGAUUAAAGGGAGUGGAGAUGAUGGCAGAAUAAUUGUUGAGACAACAGAUGGAAAGAGUCUGAGUGUCAAGAAGGACGACAUCCAGCAGAUGAAUCCCCCAGAGUUUGAAAUGAUGGAAGACAUGGCCAUGCUGACUCACCUCAAUGAAGCAUCUGUGCUGCACGCCCUGAAGAGCCGCUAUGACCACUGGAUGAUCUAUACAUAUUCGGGUCUCUCCUGUGUGAGCAUCAACCCUCACAAGUGGCUUCCAGUGUAUCACAGAGCAGUCGCGGCUGCCUACAAAGGGAAGAGGCGAUCAGAGGCUCCCCCUCACAUCUUCGCUGUGGCCAAUAAUGCCUUUCAGGAUAUGCUUCACAAUCGAGAGAAUCAGUCUGUACUCUUCACAGGCGAAUCUGGUGCUGGAAAGACUGUGAACACCAAAUAUAUUAUCCAGUAUUUUGCCACCAUAGCAACCACAGGUGAAUCCAGGGAAAAGCCGGGGACUCUACGUGAUCAAAUCAAACAAGUGAAUCCUGUCUUGGAAGCAUUUGGAAAUGCCAAAACCCUGAGAAAUGACAACUCCUCUCGUUUUGGCAAGUUCAUCAGGAUGCACUUUUGUGCCAGAGGCAAGCUGUCAUCUACAGACAUUGACAUCUAUUUGCUUGAAAAAUCCCGGGUGAUUUUCCAGCAGCCUGGAGAGAGGAACUACCACAUAUUCUAUCAAAUUCUGUCUGGAAAAAAAGAACUUCUUGAUAUGCUCCUGGUGUCUGAAAAUCCCUCUGACUUUCACUUCUGCUCUCAUGGAGCAGUUGCUGUGGAGAGCUCAGAUGAUGCUGAGGAACUGCUGGCCACAGAUCAAGCCAUGGACAUCUUGGGCUUUCUUCCUGAUGAGAAGUAUGCAUCCUAUAAACUCACUGGAGCCAUCCUGCACUUUGGAAACAUGAAAUUUAAACAGAAACCCAGAGAAGAGCAAGUAGAAGCAGAUGGCACAGAAAAUGCUGACAAAGCUGCUUUCCUCAUGGGCGUUAACUCCUCUGAGCUGGUGAAGGGCUUGAUCCAUCCUAGAAUCAAAGUUGGUAAUGAAUAUGUUACUAGAGGUCAAAAUGUAGAACAGGUGACCUGUGCUGUUGGUGCCUUGUCUAAGUCAAUCUAUGAGAGGAUGUUUAAGUGGCUGGUGGCACGUAUCAACAGGGCCCUGGAUGCCAAGCUGUCAAGGAGGUUCUUCAUCGGCAUUCUUGACAUCACUGGUUUUGAGAUGCUUGAUUAUAACAGCCUUGAACAACUUUGCAUUAAUUUUACCAACGAAAAGUUACAACAUUUCUUCAAUCAGCACACAUUGGUUUUGGAGCAAGAGGAGUAUAGGAGAGAAGGCAUUGACUGGGUGUCCAUUGACUGUGGCCUGGAUUUGCAAGCCUGCAUAGAUCUCGUUGAGAAGCCAAUGGGCAUCUUUUCCAUCCUCGAAGAGGAAUGUAUGUUUCAUCAGGCUACUGAUGUGACUUUCAAGACCAAACUUUUUGACAACCAUUUUGGAAAGUCAGUUCAUUUCCAGAAGCCCAAGCCUAACAAUAAGAAGAAAUAUGAAGCUCACUUUGAACUUGUCCAUUAUGCAGGAAUGGUGCCUUAUAACAUCAGUGGCUGGCUUGAAAAGAACAAAGAUUUUCUUAAUGAAACAGUGGUGGCAAUAUUUCAGAAGUCGUCCAACAGACUCCUGGCAAACCUUUUUGAAAAUUACAUCAGUACCCACACUGCUCUACAGUUUGGGGAGAAGAAACGCAAGAAAGGAGCUUCAUUCCAAAUGGUUGCAUCUCUGCAUAAAGAAAACCUAAAUAAAUUGAUGACUAACCUGAAAUCAACAGCACCUCAUUUUGUGAGAUGCAUAAAUCCCAACACGAACAAAAUGCCAGGUGUAAUGGACCCUCAUUUAGUACUACAGCAGCUGCGCUGUAAUGGUGUCUUGGAAGGGAUCAGGAUAUGCUGUGAAGGUUUUCCAAACCGACUGCUGUAUGCUGAUUUUAAACAAAGGUACUACAUCCUGAACCCAAGGGCCUUUCCAAAGAGCAAGUUUGUGAGCAACAGAAAAGCAGCUGAAGAAUUUCUUGGCUCCUUGGAGAUAGACCAUACACAGUACUGCUUUGGAAUCACUAAGAUGUUUUUAAAAGCUGGAUUUCUAGGCCAACUGGAAGCAAUGAGAGAUGAGAAACUAUCUAAAGUCUUCACAUUGUUCCAAGCCAGAGUACGGGGAAAACUGAUGCAAAUCAAGUUCCAGAGGAUUCUGGAAGAGAGGGAUGCACUUCUUUUGAUCCAGUGGAACAUAAGAGCUUUCAUGGCUGUAAAGAGCUGGCCUUGGAUGAGGCUCCUCUUCAAGAUCAAGCCUCUUGUUAGAUCUGGAAUGGGAAAGGAGGUAGCUGGACUGAAGGAAGAGUAUGUACAGCUGCAAAAAGCCUUGGAGAAAUCCGAAUCUCAGAGGGAGGAACUGAAAGCCAAACAAGUCUCCCUCCUCCAGGAAAAGAGUGACCUUCUUCUUCAGCUGCAGGCUGAGCGAGAGACCCUGGCAAAUGUUGAAGAGCAGUGCGAGUCGCUGAUUAAAUCCAAGAUCCAGCUGGAGGCCAGCGUCAAGGCGCUGUCUGCGCGGGUGGAGGAAGAAGAGGAGAUAAAUUCCGAGCUGACUGCCAGGGGGCGGAAACUCGAAGAUGAAUGUUCCGAGUUGAAGAAAGAAAUCGAUGACCUGGAAAUACUAUUGGCGAAGUCACAGAAGGAGAAGCGUGCUACAGAGCACAAGGUCAAGAACCUGACUGAGGAGGUGGAGUCUCUCAAUGAGGACGUCAGCAAACUUCACCGAGCAGCGCAGGCCGCACAGGAGGCCCACCAGCAGACCCUGGAGGACCUGCACGCCGAGGAGGAGAAAGCCCACACCCUGAGCAAAGCCAAGUUGACCCUGGAGCAGCGAGUGAAUGAGCUUGAGGGUGCCCUUGAGCAGGAGAGCAGAGCAAGAAUGAACUGUGAAAAGGAAAAGCGCAAACUGGAGGGCGAGCUAAAGCUGAACCAGGAGAGCCUGGAGGACCUGGAGAGCAGGCAGCUGCAGCUAGCAGAAAAGCUGCGGAGGAAAGAAUUAGAAAUGAAUCAGAUGAAUUCAAAGGUGGAGAAUGAAAGAGGCCUGGUGGCUCAGCUUCAGAAGACGGUUAAAGGGCUUCAGACUCAGACACAGGUUUUGAAAGAUGAGCUGGAGGCUGAAAGGACCACUCGAGCCAAGGUAGAGAGGGAGAGAGCUGACCUCACCCGAGAGCUGGAAGACCUGAAUGAGAGGCUAGAGGAGGCAGGAGGGGCCAGUUUGGCUCAGAUGGAGAUAACUAAGAAACAAGAAACAAAAUUCCAGAAGCUCCGCCGAGACCUGGAAGAGGCCACGCUGCACUUUGAGGCAACCUCUGCCUCUUUGAAGAAGAGACACGCAGAUAGCCUGGCUGAGCUGGAAAGCCAGGUAGAAAAUCUACAACAGGUCAAGCAGACACUGGAAAAAGACAAGAGUGACCUGCAGCUUGAAGUGAAUGACCUCCUGACCCACGUUGAGCAGAUGACUAGAGCCAAGGCUAACACCGAGAAGCUCUGUAGCAUGCAUGAGGAGCGCUUGAAUGAAGCAAAUGCAAAGCUAGAUGAAGUGACUCAGUUGGCAAAUGACCUGACUGCACAGAAGACAAAGCUAUGGAGUGAGAAUGGUGAGUUCCUUAAAAGGCUGGAAGAAAAGGAGGCUCUGAUAAACCAACUUUCCAGGGAAAAGAGCACCUUCACUCUGCAGAUUCAGGACCUGAAAGGGCAAUUGGCAGAAGAGACCAAAUCACAGAGUGUCCUGGCUCAGGCCGUGAAGUCAGCCAAGCGUGACUGUGACCUUCUACGAGAGCAGUUGGAGGAAGAGCAAGAGGCCAAGGCUGAGCUGCUCCAGGCCCUGUUCAAAGGCAAUGCUGAAAUGGUGAAGUGGAGAACCAAGUACGAAGAUGACACCAUCCAGAGUGCUGAGGACUUGGAGGACGCCAAGAAGAAGCUGGCAAUUCGGUUGCAGGAGGCCGCCGAAGCCCUGGGAGUGGCCAAUGCCAGAAAUGCUUCCCUGGAGAGGGCCAGGCUCCGCCUGCAGCUUGAGCUUGGGGACACCCUGUCGGACCUCGGGAAGGCGCGCUCCGCGGCCGCCGUGCUGGACCAGAAGCAGCAGCACUUUGACAAGUGCCUGGACGGCUGGAGGCGUAAGCACGAGGAGUCUCAGGCAGUGCUGGACGCCUCGCAGAAGGAGGCGCGAGCCCUCAACAUCCAGCUCCUCGAGCUCCAGCACGACUGCGAGGAGAGCGCUGCGAGCCAGGAGACCCUCCGGAGGGAGAACGAGAACCUGAAAGAAGAGAUUUCUAAUCUGAAAAAUCAGGUGAGAGAAGGAAAGAAGAACUUAAGUGAAAUGGAAAAGGUCAAGAAACAGCUUGAACAAGAAAAGACUGAAGUCCAGAUGGCAGUGGAAGAGGCUGAGGGAGCUCUGGAACGUAAUGAAAGCAAGAUUCUGCGUUUGCAGCUUGAACUCUCAGAAACUAAAGCGGAACUUGAAAGAAAGCUUUCCCAGAAAGAUGAAGAAAUAGAAAAAUUUAGGAGGAAGCAGCAGUGUGCUAUUGACUCCCUGCAGUCGAGUCUGGAUUCUGAAGCCCGGAGCAGAAUUGAGGCCACCCGGCUGAAGAGGAACAUGGAAGGGGACCUCACUGAGAUGGAACUCCAGCUCAGCUGUGCCAACCGGCAGGUGUCAGAGGCAACCAAAUCCCUGGGCCAGCUUCAGAUCCAGACCAAGGACCUUCGGGCACAGCUGGAGGACAGCACCUGCCUGAACGGUGAGCUGAAGGAGCAGAUGGUGGUGGUGGAGCAGCGCAGUGUUCUUCUCCAGGCUGAGCUGGAGGAGCUGCGGUCCUUACAGGAGCAGACAGAGCGCAGCCGCAGGCUAGCGGAGGAGGAGCUCCUGGAAGCCACAGAAAAAGUCAAUCUUUUCCACGCCCAGAACAUGAGUCUCCUCAGCCAGAAGAAGAAACUGGAGGUUGAUGUUGCCAGGAUACAGAAGGAAGCUGAAGAGGCGAUGCAGGGGUGUCAAAAUGCAGAGGAGAAGGCCAAGAAGGCAGCCACCGAGGUAGCAAACAUGGCAGAAGAACUGAAGAAGGAGCAAGAUACCAAUGCCCACUUGGAGAGGAUGAGAAGGAACAUGGAGCAGACAAUUAAAGACUUACAAGAAAGGCUGGAUGAUGCUGAAAAGACUGCCGUGAUGGGGAGUAGAAAACAAAUCCAGAAACUAGAAUCCAGGGUCCGUGAACUGGAGGGUGAACUGGAGAGCGAAGUCCGGCGCAGCGCGGAAGCCCAGAGGGGAGCCCGCAGGCUUGAGCGGUGCAUCAAAGAGCUGAACCAUCAGGCAGAGGAAGAUAAGAAAAACAUGAGCAGGAUGCAGACUCUGAUGGAUAAUCUUCAGCUGAAAGUACAAAGUUACAAGCAGCAAAUCGAGGCAGUGGAAGCAGAAGCUAGUCAAUACCUUUCCAAGUAUAAGAAGCAGCAACAUGAGUUGAAUGAAGCUAAGGAAAGGGCAGAGAUAGCUGAAUCUCAAGUUAAUAAACUCAAGAUUAAAGCAAAAGAGUUUGGGAAAAAGGUACGUCAGAUAUUCAGCUCUGCUGUAACUUUUAAAGCAUUUGUUUCAGGCUCAUGUCAUCACAUGGUAAUUUCUUGUUUCUCUCUUUAAAGGCUUUUAAAAAAACAACAUCAAAAAACAGGUUCUGAUAAAAUCUUCCUAUAUUUAUUAAUUCUACUUGUCCAGGUAGUACGAGGCACUAAACAUUUGAGUGGGAUGCACAUUGAAUUUACACUUCUCAAAUGCUUAAUUCUAGAUUAAUG